AGUCACUCAACUUCCUGUUUCCGUCCCUGUGCGACGUUUACUCUAUUUUGAAACUGCAAACAUUUUUUAAAAUGAGUUUCGGUGGAAACCAGCCAUCAGGUUCAGGUUUUGCCUUUAAACAGUUUGAAUCUGCAGAAGAAGUUGCAGAGAAAAAAAAGAAAAGACAAGAAGACUGGGAAAGAGUUAGAAAACCAGAUGAACCAUUAGAAUGUCCGGAAGAAGACACCAGAUCAUUAUUUGAGCAAUUACAGGAUCAGAAAUUGGCAAAAGAAGAUGAAUGGAAUGAACAGCAUAAGCUUAAGAACUCAAUAAAAGGUCUAGAAGAUGAUGAAAUUGGAUUUUUAGAUGAAGUGUCCGAGAGACAGAUUCAGUUAGAAAAAGCAAUACGUUCAGAAGAAAAAUCAGUUUUUGAAGAAUUAAAAAAUGCAUCUAUAUCUAAAUUAACAGAUGAUAAAAAAAAUGACAAACCAUCAGCAUCAAAAUCACAACCAGUGGCAUCUUCAUCUAAAAGAUCACAACAAUCUUUAUUAGCUGGUGCUGUCAAACGGAAAAGCACUGAUGAUCAUGGUGAUUCUAAAAUAGCAAAAUUAGAUAAAGAUUCAGAUGUAAAUUCGUCACCAACACAACAACAAACAGCUAAAGUUAUAGGUAUAUUACCAGGUAUUGGUUUCUAUGACGACCACAGUAGUGAUUCUGACUCUACCUCUAGCGACUCCUCCAUAGAAAUAUCUCAGCCAAUCAAAAUACGAAAAGUAAUAGUGCAACAAGCUGAUGGUUGAGUGGUUUGGGCCAUAUUCAGUGAUAAACAUAUAUGUAUAAGAAUCUUUAAAAAGGAUGAUGCCUAUAAAAACCCAUUUCCUGUAUAGUUUUUCAUAAAAGGUUGGGUUUAUUGCUUGCCAGUUUUGGUUAAAUGUUUUUUAUCAGUUGAAAACAGUUAUGAAUUUACUUUUAGGGCUGGGGAACAAUCACUAUGCAAAUAAAACAAAAUACCCAAAACAAGGGGAGACAACUAUAAUAUCUCUGGCACACUUGGCAAGAAAUGUUGCAGUGUUUACUUUUACCAGUAAACUGUACGAUCUACCUUUUUAAAUAUAUCUUAAGGAAAGUGGAUUUGAAAAUAUUGUUACUGAAAUUUACAAUGUUUGUUCAUUAUAUGAUAUUCAUUUCGCAAACUGCUAGGAAUUAUAUUUUGCAAUUUUAUUGAAAAUGUUCUUGUCUUUAUGCAUUUUAAUUUUUAUUCAAUUGUUUCCUUCCAUUGUUAUCUUGUAAAUA